AUGUCUGCACGUUCCAAAGCUUUCUUUUCUCUCUCUCUCUCUCUCUCCUUCAACUACCUAUUACCUCUUUAUCUCAGAUUGUUACCCACUCUGAAAAAGACCGUUCAUAUAUCUCUCACAGUUCCGCUCUCAUUAUUUCAUUGGCUGUUAGGUCUCUUCCUUUUCAGUAUUUCAUUGGCUGUUAGGUCUCUUCCUUUUCACUCUCUAAAUUAUAUCCUCCUUGGGAUUAUCCAUACGGAUUACCAAAAAUUUCUAUAUCUAUCUAUCUAUAUCUAUCUAUAUCUGUCUAUAUCUAUCUAUAUCUGUCUCUAUCUAUCUAUAUCUAUCUAUAUAUCUAUCUAUCUAUCUAUCUAUCUAUAUCUAUCUAUAUAUCUGUCUAUAUCUGUCUCUAUCUAUCUAUCUAUCUAUAUCUGUCUAUAUCUAUCUAUAUCUGUCUCUAUCUAUCUAUCUAUAUCUGUCUAUAUCUAUCUAUAUCUGUCUCUAUCUAUCUAUCUAUAUCUGUCUAUAUCUAUCUAUCUAUAUCUCUAUCUAUCUAUCUAUAUCUGUCUAUAUCUAUCUAUAUCUGUCUCUAUCUAUCUAUCUAUAUCUGUCUAUAUCUAUCUAUCUAUAUCUGUCUAUUCUAUCUAUAUAUCUAUCUAUCUAUCUAUAUCUAUCUAUAUCUGUCUAUAUCUAUCUAUAUCUAUCUAUCUAUAUCUGUAUAUAUCUAUCUAUAAUCUAUCUAUCUAUCUAUAUCUGUCUAUAUCUAUCUAUAUCUAUCUAUAUCUAUCUAUACAUCUAAUAAAUCUAUCUAUAUCUGUCUCUAUCUAUCUAUCUAUAUCUGUCUCUAUCUAUCUAUAUCUGUCUCUAUCUAUCUAUAUCUGUCUCUAUCUAUCUAUAUCUGUCUCUAUCUAUCUAUCUCUGUCUAUAUCUAUCUAUCUCUGUCUAUAUCUAUCUAUCUCUGUCUAUAUCUAUCUAUCUAUCUCUGUCUAUAUCUAUCUAUCUAUCUCUGUCUAUAUCUGUAUCUAUCUAUCUCUAUCUAUAUCUAUCUAUCUAUCUGUCUAUAUUAUAAUUAACAUUUCUAUCUAUCUAUCUCUGUCUAUAUCUGUAUCUAUAUUCUAUCUAUAUCUAUAUCUAUCUAUCUCUGUCUAUCUAUAUCUAUAUUUAUCUAUGAAUAUCUAUAUCAUCUAUCUAUCUAUCUAUAUCUGUCUAUCUAUCUAUCUAUAUCUGUCUAUCUAUCUAUCUAUAUCUGUCUAUCUAUCUAUAUAUCUAUCUAUCUAUAUAUGUCUAUCUAUCUAUCUAUCUAUCUAUCUAUAUCUAUCUAUCUAUCUAUAUCUAUCUAUCUAUCUAUCUAUAUAUCUAUCUAUCUAUCUAUAUCUAUCUAUCUAUCUAUAUCUAUCUAUCUAUCUAUAUCUCUCUCUAUCUAUCUAUAUCUAUCUAUCUAUCUAUAUCUAUCUAUCUAUAUCUAUCUAUAUCUAUCUAUAUCUAUCUAUAUCUAUCUAUAUCAUAUCUAUAUAUAUCUAUCUAUCUCUAUAUAUCUAUGUCUAUAUCUAUCUAUCUAUGUCUAUAUCUAUCUAUCUAUCUAUGUAUAUAUCUAUCUAUCUAUGUCUAUAUCUAUCUAUGUCUAUAUCUAUCUAUGUCUAUAUCUAUCUAUGUCUAUAUCUAUCUAUCUAUGUCUAUAUCUAUCUAUCUAUCUAUGUCUAUAUCUAUCUAUCUAUCUAUCAAUGCCUGCAUCAUCACUUUGUUCGACCUGUCCCAUCUCUCCCUCUUUUCCACGAACGUUUCGUCUCUUUUUUUUUUUUUUUUUUUACCACUGUUGGGUAUCCUCUCUUUUAUGUCUAUCCGUUCAUCUUUUUUUCCACUUUUAUCUUUUUGACCGCCCACUAUAUUUGCUUACAUCUUUCUCAUUAUUUUCAUUACAAUUUUCUUUCUUCCCCUUUCAUGAUCGUUCAAUCACUACUCACUCAUUAUGUCCUGUUACCUGAUCUUUUUACCACCCUCUCAAUUUCUCGCGCCUUACUCUCCCAAACUUUUCUUCAGAUGUUAUGCUCAUCUUUGUUAUUGCUACCCUCUCAUUUCAUCCUAUUUCUCGCUCCUUACUCUCCCAAACUUUUCUUCAGAUGUUAUGGUCAUCUUUGUUACUACCACCCUCUCAUUUCAUUCUAUUUCUCGAUCCUUCCUCUUCCGAUCGUUUCUCUACCAGGAUUGCCAUUUUUAUUUUACCACCCUCACAUUUCAUCUUAUUUCUCACUCCUUUCUCUCCCUAUAUUUUUUCUUAACCCUUUCUUCAAAAUAAUUUCCUUGUAUAUCCAUCUCUCUGAUCAUUCAAUAUUUUCUCUCAUUCUUUUAUACAUAGAAUUACUCGCCUCCUGA